ACGAAAUUUACAUUCCCGCAAAUCAGUAAAUGAACUUAGAGCGACAACUGUCGGAGCUCUUUGUGCUGCGUAACAAUGCGCUGGCAGACGCGAGCGUGGCUUCAAAGUGGGUGCUCUGCAUCCACGAUGCUUUCUACAUGACCAAAGCCACUGUACGCAGGACCAGCAAAUUCCUAGAAAUGGAGACGAAGUUGGUGCAGACGUUCGAGGAGCUCAGUGCUGGCGAUGAAAGCGAUUUUUGGGUGUUUGCCGUGCUUGUCGUGCUACAACUGGCACAAGAGACGUCCCAGCGAAAUACAUCAGAUAGAAAAAAGGAUAUGGUGCAGUUAGUUGGGACAGAAACGGAGAAACCUAUGGACAAGAAGACGAAAAAGAGGUCGCAGCCCUACGCCCCGCUGGCUUUUAUGGUGAUCAACGCUUUGAGAAAACUCACAGAAGGGGAGGGAAAGAGACAACAACUUCGCCAUUGCCACAUUCAAGGUAAUGAGAACCAAGCAUUGAGAGAUUUUUGUGUGCAUGGGCUACAAGAUUCAACUUUUGUGGUAUGUGUAUCUGGUGGGAUGCAGUUGGGUGGCUCAGUGAUAACGACUUGUUCUCUCUCCUGAUGCAGGAUCAGAAGCUGGUAGUUGAAAUUAUGGCUCUGUUUGCUAUUACGGACAUCAACCCCCAAGCCGUUCGAGAUGCCGCUCAGAGCUUGCUUGCGUCCAAGAAAUACACGGGGUUAAUCAAACUCUGUACUAUCUUCAGUUCGUUGGACUGGUCCUUCGCUUCGACCGUCAGGACGAUGACCAAGUGGAAGGAUUGGUCAGCUGCAGAGCUCCUAGCAAGGACUUUUGGAGAAUCAGACAACAAUGGUAACGAAUGCUUAGUUGUGCUGUUAUAUUGGGUCCUAACGCGUUAUUCUGUGAUGAGCAGAGCUGGCAAAGGUGCUGGUGGAUGAGGCCAUUGCCAUUCAGGAUGUGAAACGCGCGCAUCGCAUCGUCAACAAUUUUGGUCUCCAGGAAGAGUAUCCUGAUAUUGGUGCGUAUCAAGGUCAUGCCCAUUUAGAUGGACUGUACUAAUGAAUGCUUACUUGAUGUAGAUCUCCAGUACUGCCAUGACGGGUUAAUGAAGCUUAUCGAGCGCCAGCGCUGGCAAAUGGCGCUAGCUUUUGCUGGCAACGAUCUCUCACUGCAAAAACUGCUAUUCGAUCACAUGGUGGCUGCGGGUGAAAUCCAGUGGGCCUCUCGACUCGCUCAGAUCCUUGCGAUCCCAGAUUUCGAUGCUCAAGUAGCGGACAUGAUUGCGAAACGAGGUUUGUUGAGGACGAAUGGACUUUCACACUCCGCAAAUGCAGCUGCAUUGAACGGCUGUCUAUCAUUCGAGUUGGGCAGUGAAUCCGUUGUCAUGUGCGAUACUGAAGAAUCUCUACGAAGCGCGAUGGAUCACCUUUUUAGAGGCUCUGAUUUUAGUUUGGAAAACAGCAACGAACCGAUAAAUGCACCAAGUCGCACCGCAUUCGCUGCAGAGCGAAUCGUUGGUCUGGAUGUGGAGUGGAAACCAACGUCAAGCAAAAUUGCAGCCGCUACUGGUUCGAAAACAACAAGUGCCAUGGCGAGUAUUCUUCAAAUUUCGUCGUCAUCACGGGUCUUUGUUAUCGACCUGCUUGCCCUCCAGGAUAAUGACUUUCUCUUCGAGACUUUGCUUGGACGUUUGUUUGCCGAUCCUUUUCUCCUCAAAGUUGGGUUUGGCUUUGACACGGAUUUAAAAGUGCUCCAUCAGACAUUUCCCGAACGAUCCUCAUUGAUUAACAUCACUCCCUUUCUGGAGUUGAGUGCCGUUGUAUCCAAGCUACUCGGGGUGUCAGUGGGGAACAGCUUGUCGAAUGCCACAAGCACAAUCCUAGGUAGUCCUCUGGAUAAGCGAAUGCAAAUGUCCAACUGGGAUGUACGCCCGCUCACAGAACCCCAGCUCACGUAUGCCGCUCUAGACGCUUACUGUCUUGUUCAGAUCACUAACAAACUCCGUAAGAAUGAAGAUACCAAGCUACCACCUUGGGAAGCUACAGCAGCUGAAAUCCAUGAACUUGCGUAUCCGUCCCCGUUGACGAAUGAGGAGACAGUGGAGGCUAUUUCGUUACGGAACAAGUACCAUAAAGACUGGGUGAAGAGUAGAAAGAAGCCUCUAUGUGGUGAUGUGGUGGCAAAUCUGUUGACUCCGCAAGACGUUGAGGGUUGCUGGGAAGAACGCAAAAGGAAACACCAAGAAAAUGAACUCAAGCACUUACAGACUGGGGCUGGAGCAGAUCAAGAGAUUUUGGACACGGCACUGACGUUCCUUGAUCCUCUUACUGUCCGAAACCUUCUCAAACAAUCCCGCGAUUCCGAACAACCAGCUACGUUUAUAGCGGUCAACGCUAUCUGCUUCUUUGCCGAUGAGGAACCGUGCGUUGCUUGCAUCGAGGCGAACUGCAAGCUCGACACCGCUCAACUUGCGAUGCUCUGCGGUGUCAGCCGGAGACGAAUCAAACUCGCGACACCUGCAGAGUGCUGCGACUACUUUGGCUUCGAACCAGGGACAAUCCCCCCUUUUGGUCACCGAGAGCAAUCAGAUCAUCGCGUUCGAAUUUACGCCAGCAGCACGCUGCAACAUGUGAAAUCUCUCGUGUGUGGUGGAGGGUCCCAUGAAUCUUUAUUGUGGCUCAACUCGAAGGCUUACUUCGCCCUGAUCGACAUCGAGACUGUAGGCGACAUUCAAAGGGGGGUUUCCGCUGUCGAAUCAAUAAAUGAACAAGCUACUAAACCACCUGCUCGUCAAGAGAGAAAAGUGUCAAUUCGAGAGUACAAAUUCCUCGCAGAUUCAAUGGUGGCGCGUGUUGGGAAGUGGCUCCGAACUAUUGGGAUGGACGUGAUUAUCUGGGAUCCCUACUCGGUCCCCAAGAAAACCGCUAGCCAGGAUCACAAGGCGGCUCUACUGGCUCUGUCUGUAUGCGAGCAACGUAUUUUACUCACUCGUGACAAGAAGUUGGCCAAUCGACGUGAUGCCGGCGCAUGCUUCGUGGUGUCCAGUGACGACCCAUUCAAACAGUUCCAGGAGAUUAAGACCCACUUCGCACUGAAACUCGUCAAGGACGAGAUGAUGUCGCGAUGCUCGCGUUGUAACGCCAAGGGGUUUGAUGUCGUCGACUUGGACUACGUGCGCAACCAAACGGAGGAUGAAGUGCAUCCAAAUGUGCUGGAGGUUGUGACUGAGUUUUGGGUCUGUCGCGUGUGCCAUAAAAUCUACUGGGAAGGCCCCAAAUACGACUCCAACUACGCCAAUUUACUGCGGAUGUUUGACGAGGACAGUAUCGUCGACUCGGUGUCCAAGACAGACGCCAUAGAAAAAUAGAAUCAUGUUGACAUGUUCAGCGUAACUCGAGUUUCAAGCCUAGUUGAUGAGCAAAGUCUCGUCGUCGUCAUAGCCAAACUCCUUCUUGUACUGCGAGAACAGACGUUCGAUCUCCGCAACGUAUUGGGUGUGCACAGCGCGGAUCUCCUCCUCAGUGGGGUUGUCCGUCUGCUUUGUGGGAAUGGGCUUACCAUACACGACGCCAAAGCGCUUGCCCUUAGGAGGCUGCUUGGGCAUCCACAUGAAUUUGCCCCAGAAGAUGAUCAUCGGGAUCUUGAGCGUCUUGCGGAAGAAGUCGAUCACUCCCUGAGGAGGAUUCCACAUGCUGCAACACGGGAGGUCAGUAUACUAAUCGAUUUUCAAAGUGCAUUGUCCACUUACUUGUAGAGCCACUUCUCUCCAAACACGAAGCUUGGCACCAGCUCCGCUCCGUGGCGCAUGGCCAACUUGACGAACCCGAGACGUUUCUUCAGCACGAGUUCGUUCAGUUUGGAGUUGGGGUCCGUCUUAAAGAUUUCAGGUACGCCGCCGGGGUACACGACGAUGCUAGUGCCGUCAUUGA